GUGCGUGGGAUAGUCACCUGUUUGAUUUUCGCUUUCACUGAAGAAUUGCUCCUUCCCGAGUCAUUAGAUAUAGCAGGAGCGCGAUAGGCUUUUCCUGACCUGAGUACUGAGAGCAGGACUCGAACACAGAGUGAGUGUCCCGCUUUCUGGGCUUGGCACUACUUCAGGGGAGGUGCAGAGAGCACCGCUUGGUGUUUGUCACGAACACAAACAAUCAUUGCAGAAUCUGCAGAGAGAGAGAGAAGCAGGGCUCAGGUCUGGAACUAACUGGGACAUUUCUGUUCGUGACGGAUCUUGCUGCUGGUAUUUCUGGGAGAUGGAAAGCUGCGCUCAGCCCCAUUUGUAUCUGGGAGUGUUCAGUGAAAAUGGAGUCGGCUGGGGCGUGAGCAAACACCAACUCACGGACAGAUCCGGAAUAAAAGGUUAUCACAAAGGCCUCCUCCAUCGCCAGACCCUGGCCACACGACGCCUGGAGGAAAAGCGCCUCAUCUUCCGCCUAGGAACCCUCCAACCACAAGAGAUGAAUUUUCAGAUGAUGGUGUUUCUGAUCCACACAAUGGUGCACCUGAUCGUUUUUCAGACUGUGAUAUCAGUCACCAGUUCAGCUCAUGUGAUGGGUCACUCCAAAGUUAUUCGUUUCUUGGCAGUUGGAGAUUGGGGUGGGCUCCCAUAUUCACCAUUCACCACACCUGUGGAGAAAAGAACUGCACAACAAAUGGGUGUUGUGGCUGAGAUGAUGGGUGCUGACUUUGUUCUCUCUCUGGGGGAUAACUUUUAUUACGAUGGAGUUAACAGUGUAACUGAUAAAAGAUUCCAGGAAACAUUUGAGGAAAUCUUUUCUGCCAAGUCACUGAAGGACGUGCCCUGGUUUGUUGUAGCAGGAAACCAUGAUCAUUUGGGCAAUGUAACAGCACAGAUCGAGUAUUCCAAGGUUUCCAAAAGAUGGAACUUUCCACAUUAUUACUAUGACCUAAAUUUCACUAUCACAGACUCAAACACCACUGUUACAAUCCUGAUGCUCGACACUGUCCUUCUCUGUGGAAUUUCUGAUGACUUCCAGGGGAAGGGACCAGAAGCACCGAAAGACUAUACUGUGGCUAAUACACAACUUGAGUGGGUCAAAGACAAGCUGAAAAAUUCCAGAUCAGACUUCCUGAUUGUUGCUGGACACUACCCAGUUUGGUCAAUAGCUGAGCACGGACCAACCAGCUGUCUGGUAGAAAGGCUGUACCCUCUCCUCACUCAGUACAAGAUCAGUGCAUACUUCUGCGGGCAUGACCACAACCUACAGUUUAUUCAGGAUAACAAUGGUAUUGGCUAUGUCCUAAGUGGAGCUGGAAAUUUCAUGGAAAAUUCAACGAGGCACAAAGACUUUGUUCCAAAGGAGUGGCUUAAAUUUUUCUACGCAGACAUCAGCUCUUUGGGAGGCUUUGUUUAUGUAGAGAUCACCUCAGAUGAGAUGCUGAUCACAUUCAUUGAGGCUCAUGGUAAAUCCCUUUAUCAGACCACUAUCCCCAGACGCUCAAACAGAUGAAGCAACUUAAUUGGCUAUUGCAAAAGAUAGUAAAAAAUGCAUAGUGCUGAAUGGGAGAUCUCGUUGCUUUUACUGCUUUAAAUGUAACAAGUGGCUCUCUGCUUUCCUUUCAUGUACAUUUAAAAAGGAUGUCUGCUGAAAAUGAGUUUUUAUUGGGACAUUCUCUUCAGUCUAACAUCUGCCAAGUUAACCCUCCCAUGGUUUCAAAAAUCUUGCAUUGAGCUGUUAAUACAUGCAAAUAGACAGACUGGUGCCCUGGCUUCUUCCACAUUUUAGCUCCGUAGACUUUAAAUUUACAUAUAUAUUUCUAAAGUCCAUUGUUUCCUUGAAUAACAAGAUAUCUGUGGCAGACAUGUAAUGUUGCAAUAAACUUGUUUCAACUUGUAUAAAGGAUAUUGCUGAUUGAAGCACAAGCAGUAUUUUCUCAGUGUUUAGCUCAGCUACAUCAACAAACCAGGAGCAAAAGAAGGAAAUGAUGCAGAAUGAGUUUGAAUAAAGUAUAAGGAGGAAGUGACAUAGUGUCAGCCACUCUGGUUAAGAGAUCUCCUACUGCCAGAGAAUGUUUGCUGGAAUACUGACACUGCAAAAAAAAUUCAUCAGGCUUUGCGAGCACAUCAUUAUCAGCUGGAAUUGGAAUGAUAUCAAGUGAGAGUUUCAACUGUAAACAGGCCCCAACCACACCUCCCAUAGCACACAUGAGCUAGUGGCAUGAUUCAACUCUAGUUGUUUGUAAAAAAAAAAGUUGGUUUAAUAGACGUAACAACAAAAAUUAUGUCAGCAGAAAUGAAGUAAUAAAGUGGCCAGAAAGCUGCUUACUGUAUUCAAGGCCUUCUCUGACAUUUGAAUUAACCUGAUGUUUUCUAAACCUAUUUUCUGAUAUAAAGUGUUCUUAACAUUCUGUAAUUGUUUUUGUAUGAUUCUUGAUUUCUAAAUUUGGGAAUAAACACUGAAGUAAUUUUUUAA